AUGACAGCAUCUACCACUCUCGACUGGACUUCGUACCACAACACCAUCAACGGCCAGGCCGCCAAGACGGCCAAGACGCGCCAUGGCAUCAACCCCGCGACCGAGGAGGCUCUCCCCGAGGUCCCCGUUGCUGGGCAGGAUGAUGUCGAUGCGGCUGUCGAGGCCGCCCGCGCUGCUUUCCCGGCGUGGAGCAAGACGUCGUGGGACGAGCGCGAGGCGCUGCUGAACAAACUUGUCGACGCCGUCGAAGCGAACCAGGCCGGCUUUGUCGACAUGAUCGUCAAGGAGACUGGAAAGGGCGUCUCGACUGCGGGCAUGGAGUUCGCCAGCACCAUCAAGUUUGGCCGCGCGCUUGCGGCACUCCGUGUCGAGGACAAGGUGCUCGUCGACAGCGCCGAGAUGACCGGCACCCUGCGCCACGUGUCCCUUGGUGUUGGUGCCGCAAUUGUCCCUUGGAAUUGGCCCCUGCUCCUUUGCACGAUCAAGAUUACGAGCGGUCUCAUCACGGGCAACUGUGUCAUCGUCAAGCCUUCGCCGUUCACACCUUACUCGAACCUCAAGCUUGUCGAGCUGGCUUCGGGCAUCUUCCCACCGGGCGUCAUCCAGGCUCUUAGCGGCGGCGACGACCUCGGACCCAUGCUCACCGAGCACCCUGACAUUGACAAGGUGUCGUUUACGGGCUCGUCGUUCACGGGUAAGAAGGUCAUGGCUUCGUGCGCCCGCACCCUUAAGCGUGUGACCCUCGAGCUCGGCGGCAACGACGUCGCAAUCGUCUGCGACGAUGCCGACUUGGCCAAGGCUGUGCCCACUGUCGCCACGAUGGCGUUCCUUGGUUCGGGUCAGAUCUGCAUGGACAUCAAGCGCAUCUACGUUCACGAGAAGGUGUAUGAGCCCUUCAAGGCCGCCCUCAUCGACUUUGCCAAGUCCAUCAAGAUGGGCAAUCCCGAGGACCCGACCACGCUCGUCGGCCCCAUCCAGAACGCCAUGCAGUACGGCAAGGUGCAGGAGAUGUUCAGCGAGAUCAAGAAGCAGGGCUGGAACGCCAUCGUCGGCGGCGAGCUCGACGCCCGCACCGUGCAGCCAAAGGGCUACUACAUGCACCCGACUAUCAUCGACAACCCUCCCGAGGAGUCUCGCAUCGUCCAGGAGGAGCCAUUCGGCCCCAUCGUUCCGCUCCUCAAGUGGAGCGACGAGGAGGACGUGCUUGCACGUGCCAACGUGUCCAAGAUGGGCCUCGGUGGUUCCGUCUGGAGCAAGGACACGGAGCGUGCGGUUCGUCUUGCCCAGCGCCUCGAGUGUGGCACAUCCUGGGUCAACUGCCACUUCCAUCUCGAUCCGAAUGUUCCGUUUGGCGGCGCCAAGUCUAGUGGUCUGGGCCGUGAGCUCGGCGUCACCGGCCUUGAGGGCUGGAUGGAGCCCCAGAGUCUGUGGGUCAGCAAGGCGUGA